ACAACAAACGAAGAUGGCGGCCGUCGUCCAUGAACGACAACUAAACGAACGCUUCGUUCGCUUAAAACUCCUGGUCAAAGCCAUUCGAAAAGGUAACAUAACCGAAGCUAAAGAUUUACUAAACGCCGGUGUGAAUGUAAAUUGUAUGGCUGGGGGAGUUACGCCGCUUCAUGUGGCAGCAGCACACGACCAUGUUGAAUGUGCGGAAUUCCUUCUUCAAAAUGGCGCCAAGGUUAAUCAAACUAUUGCAGAUUUUACAACGCCCCUUCACGUAGCAGCUCGCUUUGAUAGUCUUGCUUGUGUUGUGUUGUUUAUAAAUCAUGGUGCUGAUGUGAAUGCAGUGACUAAAGAAGGUAUGUCCCCGCUUCAUUUAGCUGCAAGAAACGGCCAUUUAAAAACAGCUGAGGUGUUAAUGGCGAAGGGCGCCGAAGCUGACUUUGCUUUAAAGUCGCCACAUCCUCAAUCGCGUUCACAUGGCGAAAAUUUAACCCCAUUGCACUUCUCUGCUCGUCAUAAUCACCCUGAAUGUAUUAAAAUCCUGGCGAGAUAUGGAGGGGAUUUGAACAGACCUUCUGGGAAGAGUCUUGCUACCCCUCUACAUCUUGCUGUACAACAUAAACAUCUCGCUUGUUCGUCUGCUCUGGUCUCUUAUGGAGCCAAUGUCAAUGCUGCCGACUUUAAAGGCAAUACUCCAUUGCAUGUAGCCUCGACAGUAGACGAUAUAGAGACCACAGAACUUUUAUUGCAAGCAGGAGCCGAUGUGGACUAUUAUAAUAAUGUUGGUAAACAACCCAUUGAUCUUGGAAGUGCAACUAUUAAAUCCUUCCUGGAACCCCUUGUUGGACAGCCUAGGUCACUUAUGUUCCUUUGCGUACUGGCUAUUCGCAAAGAGCUUCAUUUCAAUCAGAGCAGGAACUCAAUAGAAGAAUGGGUCCCUUAUCUACCCCUGCCAGAGACUAUUAAAGACAAGUUGUGUUUUAAAGAUGUUUUAAACAUUGUUAGCUGAUACAUCAACUCAUACUAUUUCCAUAUAAUCUGUAACCCUCUGGUAGUACUGGUCCAGUACUAUUUUUAGGAUUGACUUAUCAAACACUAUGAAGGUUUUGCUCCAUCAUGUUGUGGUAGCCAUGACAGGAGGCAGGAAAAAUUGAAUCUGCAUCUGUACUGCAAACCGGUUGGCUCAGUUGGUUGAGCUUUGGACUUUCGUGCGGGGGAUCGUGGUUCAAGUCCCGGCCAGACCAACAUUCAGGGUCUUAAAAUAACUGAGGAGAAAGUGUUGCCUUUGUAAUUACAUCUGCAAAUGGUUAGACUUUCAAGUGGCUCGGAUGGCCACUUUAAAUGGCGGUCCCAUCUCUCCACACUCAUCGUUACUAACCAACAUCGGAGGGACGUAAAAGAACCACUGAGGACGUAAAGAAACCCUAGCCUGCAUAGCCAUGCGUUACUUGUACCCGCAAGGAACGCCUGGCUACACAGGCUAAAGAAACCCUGGCAGUGACCACCCUCAGUGCCUACAUUUCAUACUAACCAUCUCUCAUGCUUGUAAAUUGUAUAAAUUUUGUCAUUCACAACUCAAUGUAAAGCACCUUUGGUUAUAUUCAUAUAGAAAGGGCUCUAUAUAAAUCAUAAAUCAUCAAAUCAUUAUCAGUCUAAUCUAAUUUACAUGAGAAAGAAUUCAGUUUCCCAGGGGGAAAAGACUCUAUUGUUGUGCCUCCUGUCAUGGCUACCAUCACGUGAUGGUGCAAAGCCUCUAUAGCCAUGGAGAAGGCCAAGCUUGUGAAUAUCUUCUAUGGAGAAAAAAAUCUAGACUGUUGUUGCCUAGGGAGUGGGGGCAAGCUUGAAGCGGCAUGGGGAGAGAAAAAGUGACCAUGUCAUCACUCGACACAAAUUUACUCAACAAAUUUCCUGAAAUAAAGUACACAGAAGUCUUUAAAACAGA